GAUUUGUGAAAAUUAAGGUUAUUUUAUUAAGUAAAAUUUGCAAAAAUAUUAAACUAAUUUAAUAAAUAUGUCGGCUUUGCGUGCUAGACUGGGAUCAUCUACGUUAUGUGCACGAAAACUUCUGCUACAGUCUGCAAAUAAUACAAAACAUUUCGCGGCAAGGGUUAUAACUUGUAAAACUGAAAAUGAAUCCUUUUUCCUGCGGCCAUAUUCGCAAAGACCAUACAGUACAGCAACAGAAAAUAAAACGGACCAAGAGGUAUUGAAGGGACCCUCAGAAAAAAAAGAGUUUCAAGCAGAAACACGAAUGCUUUUGGAUAUUGUUGCCAGAUCACUUUAUUCUGAUAAGGAAGUCUUUAUUAGAGAACUAAUUUCAAAUGCAAGUGAUGCAUUGGAAAAAUGAUACCUCACUGUCAGUGCUGCACCAGAGGGCCAGCAGUUGGAACAUGUUGACAGGCCACUCGAAAUCAAACUUUCCACAGACAAGCAGAAUAGAACCAUCACUUUCCAGGAUUCUGGUAUUGGAAUGACCAAAGAAGAGCUAACAGAGAAUUUGGGAACUAUAGCCCGCUCCGGCUCCAAAUCCUUCAUUGAGGAAGUAAAAAAGCAAGGUGCUGAACAGGCAAGCUCAAUUAUUGGCCAGUUUGGAGUGGGCUUCUACUCAGCAUUCAUGGUUGCUGAAAAAAUUGAAGUUUUCACUAGAAGCAGCAUUGCAGGUUCACCAGGAUUUAAAUGGAGUUCUGAUGGGUCUGGGAUAUAUGAGAUUCAAGAAGCUGAUGGGGUCCCAAUUGGAACUAAGAUUGUAGUCUAUCUAAAGACAGAUUGUAGAGAGUUUUCGGACAAUGAUACAGUUAAGGAAAUCAUCAAAAAGUACAGUAAUUUUAUCAGCAGCCCCAUUUUAUUGAACAAUGAGCAAGUCAAUUCUAUCAAGCCUCUUUGGUUGAUGGAGCCCAAGGAAGUGACACAGGAGCAACACAUUGAGUUCUACAGAUUCAUCAGCAACUCCUAUGACAAACCGCGUUUUACACUCCACUACAAGACUGAUGUACCGGUCAGCAUACGCUCCAUUCUUUAUGUUCCCGAAGGCAAACCGGGCCUCUUUGAACUGUCCCGAGACUCAGAUGUGGGAGUGGCAUUGUAUUGCAGAAAAAUUUUGAUUAAAAACAAGGCAGAGAAUAUAUUACCUAAAUGGAUGAGAUUUGUUAAAGGUGUGGUGGACUCUGAAGACAUUCCUUUAAAUUUAAGUAGAGAAUUACUUCAAAACAGUAGUUUGAUUGUGAAACUCCGAACAGUCUUGACCAACAGAUUCCUCAAAUUCAUGUGUGACAGUGCCCAAAAGGAUCCAGUGGGGUAUGAUGCGUUUUAUAAGGAUUAUGCUAUAUUCCUGAAGGAAGGAAUUGUUACUAGUCAGAGUGCGAUGGAGAAGGAAGAAGUAGCAAAGCUGCUUCGAUUUGAAUCAUCAAAGCUAGAAAAGGGAAUCAGAACAUCAAUGACAGAAUAUAAUUCACGUCAGAAGAAUGAAUCUAGAACUAUCUACUAUUUAGCCGCUCCAAGUCGCGAGUUGGCUGAAACGUCCCCAUACUUCGAAUCUCUGAAGAAGCGUGACAUCGAAGUGUUGUUCUGCUACGACACGUAUGAUGAGUUGGUGUUGCUCGAGCUUAAAGAGUUCGGUGGCAGGCAGCUUGUCUCCGUCGAGAGCGACAUGCAGAAAGAACCCGACACCAAACAGGAUUCAGUCAUAGGAUCACAAGGGCUCCAGCAAGCUCAGGUUGAUGAGCUAAUACAAUUCCUUAAGUCCAAAUUAGACGGGAAAGUAUUUGACGUGAGAACUACACAAAAGCUGGAUUCGCAUCCGUGCGUGAUCAUCGUGCAAGAAAUGGCGGCGGCGCGGCACUUCAUCAGGACUCAAGCUCAGAGCCUGAGUGAGGAGAACAGAUACGCUUUGCUGAGGCCCCAACUUGAAAUCAAUGCUAAGCAUCCAAUAAUCGAGAAGUUGCACAAGCUUCUCUCAUCCGACAAGGAGCUAGCUGAGAUGGUAGCCAACCAGCUCUUCUCGAACGCCAUGGUAACUGCUGGCCUCGUCAUGGACCCCAGGAACUUGAUCACGCACAUCAACGAGCUCCUGAUUAAAGCUUUAGAGAAACAUUAAUUACGUUAUUCUAGUCUAAUAGUAGAUAUUUAAAUUAUAUUCAAUUAUUCAUAUUUGCUAAA